UCAGUGGGUUGUUUUAACCGAACGUCUGUGAGUUUUAAGCGGGAAUCAGAUAUCUACAGCGAUCCGACGAGGCUUAGAAUGGCGUCCAGAUCAGUGAAGAGGACGACGGUAACAACAAAGACGACCCAACAUGGUUCGUCGUCGGAUGCGGGCACGCCGGCUCGUGGGGCAGCGUCGCCGGGUCGGGCCCGGGCGCCGUCACCGGCUCGGAUAAGCCGUACCCAAGAGAAGGAAGAGCUGUCCCAUCUGAACGAUCGGUUGGCUAACUACAUCGACAAAGUGCGCUUCCUGGAAUCGGAAAACAGUCGGCUUAUGGUCCAGGUGAAACAGUCGGAGGAGACGGUGACCCGGGAAGUGACAAGCAUCAAAAGUCUGUACGAAACAGAGUUGUCUGACGCACGCAAAUUACUCGACGAGACCGCGAAAGACAAGGCUAGGCUCCAGUUAGAGGCCAGUAAAUACAAAGAGGAGGCUAACGAAUGGCUCACCAAAUUCGGUCGGAAAGAGCGGGCACUGAAGGAUGCCGAGAAGAAGAUUGCGGGGCUGGAGGCGGAGCUGGCUGAUGUGCAGUUACGGCUGGCUGAGGCUGAGAAGAAGGUCAAACCCCUGGAGAAAGAAAACAAUUCUCUACGUGCGGAUGUGGCUCGCCUUGAGCGUCAGUUAGCGGACACAAAGAAGCAACUAGAGGCUGAGACGCUGACGCGCGUGGAUGUGGAGAACCGACUACAGAGUAUGAAGGAGGAACUGGCAUUCAAGUCUCAGAUUCAUGAACAGGAACUGAAUGAGACCCGAACAAGAAUCAGCACCACCGUGGAGGAAGUGGAUGGCCGAAUACAGCAGGACUACGAUGCCAGAUUGGCCGAUGCCCUGCGCGAAAUGAGGGCACAUCAUGAGGAGCAAAUCGCGCUGCUCAGAGAGGAAUACAUGACCAUGUAUGAAGCUAAGAUUAUGGAUUUGGAAGGACAGGCCAGGCGUAACAGUGACUCAGCAAGUUAUGCCCGCGAAGAGUUGCGCACCACAAAGAGACGUUUGGAUGAGCUUCUGUCAGAAGUCACAAAACUCCGAGCCCAGAAUGCCGAGUACGAGAGUCGUAUUCAGGACCUAGAGAGUCAGCUUCUGCGAGAACAAGAGGAGCACGCUAUGGCGAUCAGGGUACGAGAGGACGAACUGAUGAGGCUGCGAAGGCUUCUGGAUGACCAGUCACAAGAGUACGCCGAACUGCUGGACAUUAAGAUCAAACUGGACAUGGAGAUUGCUGCCUACAGGAAGUUGCUGGAAGGCGAGGAGGCCAGAUUAAAUCUGUCUUCGUCUGCGGAGUCUACACCCCACAGAACUCCGUCCCGCUCCGUGGUACGAGGAGUGAAGAGAAAGAGGCCUGUCGUUGAGGAAGAAAUCAGUCAGUCCACUUCUAACAGAGGCUUUGCAGCAACGUCCAGUGCGAAGGGUGCUGUCGAGGUCAACGAAACGGAUGUAGAGGGGCAGUAUAUCAAACUCUACAACAACUCUGACAAGGACAUCUCGCUGGGAGGGUGGCAGAUUCGCCACGUGGCCGGUGAGCAGGAGACCACAUACAAAUUCCACCGCAGCAGUGGCAUCAAGGCCGGUACCUACGUCACUGUGUGGAGUUCUAACAGUGGUCAGACACACAGCCCUCCUAGUGACCUGGUCAUGAAGGGUCAGAAGUGGUUCAUCGCUGAUGACAUGAAAACAAUACUCCUCAACAAUGAUGGAGAUGAGAUGGCCUCGCGCGAGCUGAGCAAGAGCAUGUUGUCGUCAGUGAGCUCCUACAGGACAUCUUACGGGGGGAGAGAACUCGAUGGGAAUCAGCAGUUAGAGCGGGAAUCCUGUUCCAUCAUGUAGACUGACGUCUUCACCUCAUUCACCAAACAUUUUGUCCAGACAAGGGGAGCUACUCACGAGCAAGAAGGAUUUUAACACCACGGUAGACAUAUCAUCAAAGACUGGACAAAAGGCCAUACAUCAGAAGUUUUAAUCAAACUUUCCCAGCUGAAGAUGCUCCUCUUAAAGACAGCAUCAAGCUGUGGCAAUUCGCAUUUCAUUGUGUUUUAAAGAUGUAGUCAUAAGAUUUAAAAGCAGCAUUUUCUGGAACAAAUUGUCCCCCACAGAAAUACCCAGCUGUUAUAUCUUGCCUUGCAAGGAUCAUGUUUUAGUUAUUUUUUUUUGUUCCCAUUUUCACCACUUCUUGCCUCAAAAGAUAUUUCGGCUUGCCAGUUUAUAUUGUUAAAAAUAUAUGAAAUGCGGUAAAAUGUCUGCAAGGUAGAGACUUGCAAAACAAUUAGCAAUAUACUAAGGCAACAUCAGUUUAGAUUUGUGUUUUACAGGCGAACCAACACUUAACAGUUCACCUUUUUAUUUUGUCCAGUUUUGAACUUUUUAUGAAUUUACAGCUUUUCAAGACUUUUUGAUCCUGGUAUAGUCCACAACAUUGAUAAAAAGAUUUAUUCUGCCCCCUACAACAACAAUUUAAACUGAUGUGGCCUCAGAAUUAUAUAAAAUAUAUGAAAGUUCAGGAUGUAUAGAACAAGUACUAUGUCUACAGUAAGAAAAAGUUUCAAAACUCCAAAAAUACCCCUUCAACAUGAAAGAAUUUGGCAUUCCAAAGAUCCUUGAAAAACAGGGUCAAAUUUAAGAAAGGUUGAUUUUAAGAAAGGACCAUCAAAAAAGAAAAGAGAGUUUUUCUUGAGGAGAGCAUUGAUACAUGUCAUUGAUAAAUUGUGUGAAAAAUUCUCUUAAAAAUCUGUACCAUAGGAAUGUCUUCACUACCGAUUUCUUGUUUUCUUAAGGACUGAUGGCAAAUGUCGAUAUCUUUUGGUUUGAUAUUUACUUUUAAUGUUUAUAUUAACAAAGACAGAAAAACAUAAUUGAGGUGAGCUUACUCCGUUAGUAACUUAGCAUAACAUAUUUUAGCAUCUCAUACGUGUAGCAGCGGCCCUGAUGUGGUGUAGCGUAUCCUAGUCGUAGCGAGCACGUAGCGGUAUUAAGUGUUCAUGGAUAUAUAUUGAUAUUGUUAUUGCCCUGGAAGAACUCUUGCUUUGUGCUGUAUAUGUACAAAUAUAUAUAUUUCCAUCCUUUUUCUGUGUUUAAGGUUGUCAUGGUAACUGCCUUGUUGUCUGUCACAUUGCACACUUGCGUGCACUGCAUAUUUUUAUAUGUCUUUAUAUCUAUACACUAUACUUUAAUAAUGUGAUCGGCACUUACAAAUAAACCUUACAUGUGUUUGGCUGAAAUCAUUUACUGGUAAGGUCAGUGCGCCGUUAAGUUAAUAACGACCUUUUGUUUCACAGUGCCCAGUGAAUUAAGUCAACGAAUGUGGCUUCGGAAAUGGUUUAAAGCAUUAUCAUUACAAUUGGAUCUGAUUUAACGCUUGUGAACAACAUACUCUCCGUUUGUUUUUUUUUUUUUACUGUGUACGUGAUAUUUUGACAGUUAUCUUACAGCAAAAAUGUUCUCAGAUUUUGAGUCAAGUUUUCGACUUCUCUUCUGCUGUAUACAGACUGAUAAUACUUUUGAUAUACUGGUAAUUUGCAUUAUUAUGCCAAGUGUAUCCUGCAGGAUACCACUGCUAGCUUGUAAUAUAUAUACUUAUGCUUCGUAAUAAUUGUUUAUAGGGUUUACUUUGAACACAUGCUCUAAUACCUUGGUCUAUUACCUCCUUGUUGUCAUUGUUUUUUUAAGCUUAAUCCAAUUUAAGUUGGGUAUGUCCAUCUGGUUGCUGAAUUUUACUAUGGUAAUAUUUUUGUACACCUUGUUACUUUUACAUGUUUGUUACCCGUGACGUUUUCGCAGUGUUAGUGAAUUUGUAUAUGGGUGUCUUGCUUGAGUUGUCUCCCUCCUUCGCAUUAUAUUGCGUCUUGAAGCCAAACCAUUUGUUUUUUUUUUCUUUUGUUUCUAGCACUUUUGUAAUCAUACUACAUCUAUGAGUUGUUGUACGGCAAAUGUUUAGAAUCUGUGCAUGUUUUGGAUUGUAAAGUAAGCUCCAAGCAUUACAGUUAUAAAUAGAGAUAUCAAAACCCUGAAAAACAAAAGAAUUUUACUUUUGUUGUCAUCAAUUCAUACAUAGGUCAUGGUCUCCGCUAAUAUCCGUUUGGAGGCGUGUGAAACUUGACUCCAGAACAAAGAUUGGGCAUGGCCGCUAUAGACUGGUGGCGGGCUCACUGUGAUGUCUAUGUCUACUGCAUGUUAUAAUAUGUGUUCUCUUUUAGUUUACAAAGCCAAUAAUAUACGGCAUAGAUCAUUCAUAAUAAAACUCUUUAAAUGUUA